AGAGAAAUUGUCUUUUAUAGCGUUUUCAUGGAACCAAUUUUUUUUUUUUUUUUUGGGGAAACGUUGUAUGUUUGUCUGUCCUAUUUCCUACAAUUACAAUGAGAUUGUUAUGGAGAAAUAUUCUCAAAAUUCGUUUUUUCUAUCAUUUUCAACUUUAAAACCAUUCGUAAAAAACAAAGAAACUAGUUUUAUAAGCUGCUCAACCUCGAAACAAAUGCUCUGUUUUGUUCCUAUAAGCAUUGCUGUUAGGUUGUUUAGCAUUUUUAUUUCGGCAUAAUCUGCUAUUUACUCGUGUAGUCCAAAGAAAGCUGUGAAAAAGAAUUUCAUGGAUUUUAUUUUAUUUUUAUCUUAUUUUUAUCUUUAUUUUUUUUGUUUCUUUGUUACUGGUGUAAUCAUCAAGCACAGAAUCGUUCACAUGUUAGCUGAUGAAACAUAAAGAAAGGUGCACCAUCAGAUUGGUAAAAAUGGUGGCUGCAUGCAUACGUUUUCUCCUAACUAGGGCAGCGGUGGUUGGAGAAGACAAAGAGGACGCAAAGGACAGCUUAACAGAUUACUUUCUUUUGUUGGUUUCUUUUCUUUUUCUUUUCCUUUUUCAAAUUUAUUUAUUUAUUUAUGGUUAAAGCUUCAAUUCAUAGAAUGGUACAAUCUCUAUUUUGGUGUUUAAUUUGAGGAUUACAAAUACCAAUUAUAUCUAAUAAAACUCUACCUAUUUAUAAAUCCUCCGAGACAAUAUUGGAAAAUUGUCUAAAAAACUAAGAAUUCUAAUAGAUGUAGAUUUAUACAACCAAAUAGAUAUAUAAUUCCUUAUCAAACUCUUUAUCUCCGCAAAAUGAUUAUACCAAGUUAAAACUUGUCACCUAUCUCUUAUGUUUUGGUACUGGUCUUGACCAAGUAUUUUUCUUAGACUUAACCGGAAACCCCACAUCAAUUGGGUUUUGUAUUUAGUAUUUUUACUAGAACACUAUUCUCACCCACCACCUUGUUAACGGUUUUGAGAGCUAUACAUACUCUACAAGUGGCAUUAUAUCUUCAUCAGGGUUCUUGUUUAUUGUACACAUUCCUUAAGAAUUACUAAAGAUAUAAAAAAGAAAUAUAACAUAAUAUAAUAAUAUUCUUUUAUCAAAUAAUAAAACUCUCUUUUUUUUUUUUCUUUUUUUUUUCCUUUUUGCUUUCUAAGUGGAUUCUGCUGUUGGAAUCUGUGAGCCAACUUUUCUGUUGUGCAUAUUUCAUCGAGUUCGUCUUAUUUUCUUUCUUAUCAACGAUAAGAAAUAUAUAUAUAUAUAUAUAUGUACUGCCUCAUAUGGUUUGUGGUUUACAAAUAAUAUAUAAAAGAUCCAACAUAUUAUGGUUUUGUUGGAUUAACAAUGGGGUUGUUUGAUUCGUUGCUGGGAGGAGAGGGUAAAAAGUUUAUCAAGCGGAAAGAUAGUGAUGCAGGAGAAGCAGGUAGAGCACUGGAGGAACUCAGAAGUUCGCUUUACAAUGACCUUCGGACUUCCGAAGGUGCCAAGCGUCAACAGCAACGAUUUUGUGGUCCUGUUGUAGCCAUGACCUUUAACUUCAUGGUCUCCGUUGGAAUAAUCAUGGCAAACAAAUUAGUUAUGGGGAAAGUCGGAUUCAAUUACCCAAUAUUUCUCACAUUAAUCCAUUAUGUAGUAGCAUGGUUUCUUCUUGCUAUCUUCAAGGCACUUUCAAUCCUUCCUGUUUCUCCUCCUUCAAAAAGCACUCCUUUUUCUUCUCUCUUCUCCUUGGGAGUUGUCAUGUCUUUUUCCUCUGGUCUUGCAAAUACCAGUCUAAAACACAACAGUGUUGGUUUCUACCAGAUGGCUAAAAUCGCUGUCACUCCUUCCAUUGUUAUUGCAGAAUUCAUUAUCUACAGGAAAACCAUUUCUUCUAAGAAGGUUUUGUCUCUAGUGAUUGUUUCAUUAGGUGUAGCUAUAGCAACAGUAACAGAUUUAGAGUUCAAUCUAUUUGGUGCUUUAAUUGCUGUUGCAUGGAUAAUCCCAAGUGCAAUAAACAAAAUCCUAUGGUCUAAUCUGCAACAGCAAGGCAAUUGGACUGCUCUUGCGCUAAUGUGGAAGACUACCCCAACUACAAUAUUCUUUCUACUGGCUCUGAUGCCAUGGUUGGAUCCACCGGGAAUUCUUUCUUUCAAGUGGGAUGUCACCAACUCCACUGCCGUUCUGAUAUCAGCUGCUCUCGGUUUUCUCCUCCAAUGGUCUGGAGCUCUGACACUUGGCGCAACCUCAGCAACUACUCAUGUUGUUCUUGGACAAUUCAAGACUUGUGUGAUAUUACUAGGAGGGUAUAUUCUUUUCAACUCAGAUCCAGGGUUAGUGAGCAUCUGUGGGGCAGUUUUAGCUCUCUGUGGAAUGUCCAUUUACACAUCACUUAACCUCAAGGACCAACAAGAAAGUUUGAGCAAGCAAAACUUGUCGAAAACCAAAACCAGUGCCCAAGAGGUUGGUGCAGAUUCUGAUGCAAAGGUUGUUGUAAAUGUUGUCUGAAUUAAGCAGACCAUAGAGCUAAUAGAGUAGAUAAAUUUUUCUUUUCUUUUCUUUUUUUUUUUUUUUUUUUUUUUUUUUGGAGGGAAAAAAAAGGGCUUUUGAAGUAGUUUCAAAUGUUAUAAUGUUUAAGAGAGAUUAAGGGUCCUAAUACUGACCCAUGUUUUUAACCUAGGAACCUUUGCCUGGAAGUCUCUAAAGACAAAACUGAUUAACUGUAGAUAGCUUUUAAAGAUCAGAUUAACUGCUUUUAUUCUUAUUUUUAAUUAUAAUUUUACUCUCAUACAAUAUUAUGGACAUGUCUGACUUAAAAAUUCCAUUUGGGGGUUUUUUUAAUACUCCCUC